GUACAUUCUAUCAUCUAUAGCACAACUGCUCAUACAAUUUAUCUAGUUUUCGAUUAUUUCGUCGAUUUGUAUUUUCAUGUGUAUUUUUUUUAUUCUGAAUUUUAUUGUCUGUGUUGUCUGUGUGUUUAAGCAACACGAGUUGCCGUAGUAACCGUAAAACAGCAAAGGCACGAGCGCUGCUAGUCAGAUAGACAGGUUAGCCAAAAUAACACUGUUUCAUCUUAAAAGUUUAAAUUAAUGCAGUUAAAUACAUAUAACUUUUAAUUGGACCUGAAUGAACAUGAUUUCUUCUACCGAGUCUUUGCUAAAGUAUGACAACCCAGAGCUGGUGAGCAAAAACACCGAGAAGAUCUCACCAAAGGCUCGACCUCUGAAGGUUAGUCCUCAGCAGCCUGUCAUCUCUGGUCCAGUUCCACCACCACCCAAACCCAAAAGCCCUUCAUUUGAUGCCAUUAAACAGCAAACAGAAGAGAUUCUUAAUACCAUCCUACCACCAAGGGAAUGGGUGGAGAAUAAUCAGCUGUUGGUACAGCGGGUGUCCAGCAUGCCAUGUACCCGGAUAGACGUCAUUCAUCUGCAAGAGGAACUGGAUCUCAGACUGCAGCAGAGACAGGCCAGAGAUACGGGCAUCUGCCCUGUCCGCAGAGAGCUCUACACACAGUGCUUUGAUGAGCUAAUCAGACAAGUUACCAUCAAUUGUGCUGAGAGAGGUGUGUUGCUUUUACGAGUGAGAGAUGAAAUUCGCAUGACUAUUGAGGCCUAUCAGACUUUAUAUGAGAGCAGUGUGGCCUUCGGCAUGAGGAAAGCUUUGCAGGCUGAGCAAGGGAAGUCAGACAUGGAGAAGGAGAUUGCAGACUCAGAGAAUGAGAAGAGGGAAUUGGAAAUGCAGGUGAACGAGCUGAAGGCAAAAUGUGAGGCAAUUGAGAGACGAGAAAGUGAACGGAGACAAGUCGAAGAGAAGAAGCACACAGAGGAGAUCCAGUUUCUCAAACGCACCAACCAGCAACUGAAGACCCAGUUGGAUGCCAUCAUUGCACCAAAGAAAUAAAGGUGUUAUGCUUCAGAUUAUUUCUAAACAAAUCUUUCAAUAUAAUAAUGUUUCAACAUGUUUACUUUAUUUAGGAGUUCUCCUUUGGUGUACAUUUUCAG